GGAGAAGGCAAACUUGGAUAAUCCUGGAAAGGCAAGCUGCACGUCUUCUUUUAGUAACCGUACGAUUUUAUGCAACUAUGGGCAACACAAACUCUUGUCAAAAAGAACCAGUGAAAAAAAAGGAAACCAUCUUCAAGAAUGAGGUGUACAGGAUUCCUGCUCUUUUCUACAAUAGAGAUGAAAACAUUUUAAUGGCAUUUGCAGAAAAGAGGACGAAUGAAAAUGAUUCUAGCACAGAGGCGUUGGUAAUGAAGACAGGAAAGGUGAAGAAGGAGGAAAUGGAAGUGACAAUCAAGUGGUCGGAGCAAAAAACACUGAUCGAGAAAGGUUCUCACCGUCCUAUGAACCCGUGCCCUCUUUAUGAGAAGAACAACAAAACACUCUUCCUGUUUUUCAUCCGUGUCGAGGGCGAAUGCACAGAGCAGUGGCAGAUAGAUCAUAACCAGAACAAAGCUCGUCUCUGCUAUGUUAAGACUACAGAUAAUGGUCAAAGUUGGAGCGACGAGACGGAUUUGACGCACUCGCUGGUUGAAAUCAAACACUGGGCCACAUUUGCUGUCGGGCCAGGCCAUGGUCUUCAAACAGAGAGUGGAAGAUUGAUCGUCCCAGUUUAUGCUUAUGUUUCUGGCAAAAGCUCUGCCCCACAUGCAGUCUCCCUGUAUAGUGACGACAAGGGUGAAACAUGGAAAUUUGGCAAGAUGCUUAAAAACGAGUCACUUGAAUGUCAAAUGGCAGAAUACUUUGACCAUUCGGGCAACAGCCUCAUUUACUGCAAUGCACGCACUAAGGGAAGUUAUCGUGAAGAAGACAUCAGUCAUAACAAAGGAGAGGAUUUUUCCAAGCUGAGCUGUUUUUUUUGUUUCUACAAAAAUCUUGUAGAAACAACAGGUGGCUGUCAAGGAAGUGUUGUCUCAUUUCCAGAUCAAGAUGGCAAUAUAGGGGGGGAAUCGAGCCAGAACCAAAACAAGUGGCUGCUCUUCACCCACCCGAGUGAUAAAUCCAAAAGAUCAAAAUUAGGAGUGUAUGUGAAUAAAUCUCCAAAAGACCCAAGUGCAUGGAGCGCUCCCUGGGUCAUUAACUGUGGAUUCAGCGGUUACUCAGACCUGGCUUACAUUGAUGAGGGUUGGUUUGCAUGUCUUAUGGAGUGUGGAGAGAAGAAAUACAAUGAACAGAUUGCCUUUCAGAUGUUUAGCUACAACGAGGUCAAGCAGGCCAUUAAAAAGUAAAACAAACUGGCUGUUGUGUAAUUCUAUUGCACUGAAAUCCCAUUCAUAACUUCUGAAUAUAAAAUGUGUUGUAUCAGGAUAGCAGAAAGUUAACAUGCCUAAUAACCUCUAAAAAAUAUUAGCACUUAAAGGGUUUAAUUUAGCCCAUCACAAACUAAUCCACCAGCACUCACCUUAGUUUGGCUUAUUUGAAGCGAAUAUACCUGCUGUCUCGUUGUUUUGUUUGUAUCUUUAUGCUUUAUUGCACUUAUUGUAAGUCACUUUGGAUAAAAGCGUCAGUUAAAUGAAAUGUAAUGUAUUAAUGAUUGACAUCAUCCAAAUCUAUCAUGUAUGACCUUUAUUUACCACUUUGUGUCAAUUAUUCAACUAAUAAAACAUACAUUUUGACAAAGAAAUAUCCUUAUAAG